UCCACUUCCAGCCAUGGAGGUUCAUCUUCUCCUGUGCUUGACUGUGGCCGCCCUAUUGCCAGUGAGCCAUGGAUGUGCUACAGGAAAGGAGUUCAUCACAACCUUUCUCCCCAACUACCAGAAUGCUUUAUUGGCAUUCCUUUUUCGAAACGACCAUAAUCUUGAGUUGGUUCUGACCGACUUGGGCUCCGGGUCCAAUGUCCACAUUCAGGUUGCUUCACUCGACUUCUCCAUGAAGUUGAGCCUCUCGGUAGACGAAAGCCGCUGGGUUUCUCUGCCACUCAGAGCCGAGCUGCGGCAGCAGUUUCUUACCGAAAACUCUGCAAUCCGGAUCUCAUCGAGUGCUGAAAUCUCAGUGGUCUCUUUUAACCGGCGGGACAAGUCCGGAGACGGAAGUGUGGUUUCUCCAGUCGGCCAACUGGGCACAGAGUACCUGGUGUACACACCGCAAGGAGGCGCAAAGGGCAUGGACAAGGUCUUGGCUAUCGUAAAUGGCAACAAGCCCAACCGGGUCACCGUCUUACCGAGCGCUGACGUGUCGCUGCGAGGUGGCAGUCGCUGGCAGCGUGGCAAGCCAGUGACCGCCACCCUCUCACCUCACGCAUCCUACCUGGUACGGAGUCAUAACGCUUGGACGGGCAUCAUCAGGUCCGAGUUGCCUGUGGCCGUCCUAGCAGGUCACCAGUGUCUGGCCAUGGGUUCGGGUUGUGAACACGUCUAUGAACAGCUCCCACCUGUGGCCAGUUUGGGAACGGACUACAUGGUGCCCAAAACAGGAAGCUGCAAAUCCAGAAACUUGGCGGUGGUAGUGGUGGCGGAGGACGACACCGAGGUGACGCUGCACAGAGGCCAUCAUGCGACCCAGAAACAGACGCUGAAGACAGCAGGACUGAUGAGCGUCCACGAAGUGAAGAACAGUCCACUGGUGGUCCGGAGCAACAAGAAGGUCAUGGUGCUCCUCCUCAGCAACAACAAACCUCAUGACCCCUUCCUCCUCACCAUCACCCCCACCUGCAAGAUGGCCACCGACUGGACCCUGCAGACGCUGGGCGGAGGCUUCUCCAGCGCCGUGGCGCUCCUGGCGGAGAGGGAGGGCUCGUCCGGCGUGAAAGUCUGCAUGGAGGGACGCUGCCUGUCCCCUCGCUGGAGCAACUUCCUCUCAGACCCACGCUGGGUGUGGUCCAACGUGGCGCUGGGCUCGCACGCCGGUCAUGUGACCGUGGAAGGCGGCGCACGAAUGGCGGUCUACGGUUAUGGUGGGAAGACUCGCCACGGCUAUGGAACUGCUGGAGUCUGCUCUAGAGGCGGCCCUCUUCCUGUGGCCCCUAGGGACCCCUGUGAGGAUGUGACAUGCAGAGCCAAGGAGCGUUGCGUGGAUGGAAAGUGUGUCCACAUGUCCACCGCCACCUGCCAUGCGGUCGGUGACCCUCACUACCUGACAUUUGAUGGAAGACGCUACGACUUCCAGGGCUCCUGCACCUACAUUAUGACAACACUAGCAGAGAAGGUACCUGGCCUCCUGCCUUUCACUGUGACCACAAAGAAUGACCAUCGAGGAAACCGUCGGGUUUCCUUUGUGAGGACUGUAACUGUGGACGUUCAUGAGCAUACAAUUAUCAUUGGCAGACAGACAAAACAGGUUCAGGUCAAUGGUGAACUUCAGUACCUGCCAGUCAGGUUGUUAAAUGGGAAGGUCACUGUGAAGCGUAGCGGAAGCUAUGCUGUUCUCAGAACUGACUUUGGUCUGACUGUAAAAUAUGACUGGAACAUGAGGCUUUACAUUACAGUACCAUCCUCCUAUUAUAAACACUUAGGAGGACUCUGUGGAAACUACAACGGAGAAGCAGCAGAUGACCUGCCUGAGCCAAAAGGCUCUCACGUGUCAACAGUCUUGAAAAUGAUUCAGCAGUGGAAAGGGAAAGAUUCUGAUCUGUUCUGUCACGAUAACUGUGGUGGACGCUGCCCCACAUGUUCACCAGACAAGCAGGUCUACUUCCGACACCCUGACAAAUGUGGAAUACUGACGCAGGCGGAUGGACCCUUUUCCUCCUGCCACAAACGGGUCAACCCCUUGUUGUACCAGGACAACUGUGUCUACGAUGUCUGCAUCAAUAAGGGCGCAAGACAGCUUCUCUGUGAUAACCUGAAAAGUUAUAACGACGCCUGUCUGUCAGAGGGUGUUCAAGUCAGUCCCCAGUGGAGAAUGAUCUCAAACUGCCCCCUCACCUGCCCACCAGGGAGCCACUAUGAAGCCUGUGGCCCAGCUUGUCCUGUUUCCUGCGGCUCCACAGACGGCGACACGCCUUGUGACGCACCCUGCGAGGAGGGGUGUCAGUGCAAUGAUGGACUCGUACUUAACGGAGACAGGUGUGUCCCUCAGUCUAGCUGCGGAUGUCGGCAUCAGGACCAAUAUCAGCCCUCAGGCAGCAGUUUCUGGGCAGACAGCAGUUGUUCCAGCAGGUGUCGCUGCCUCCAAGGCAGUGUGAAGUGCACACCGGUGGGCUGCAAGAAGAGCGAGCACUGUGCCCUGAAGGCGGGCGUUAGAGACUGCUACCCACUUUCCUACGCCACCUGCCAGGCGGUGGGAGACCCGCACUACCGGACCUUUGACAAUCGGCGCUUUGACUUCCAGGGCACUUGCACCUACAUCCUGUCCCAACACACGGCAGGUCCACACCAGGACCUGGUACCCUUUCAGGUGCUGGUCCAGAACGAGAACAGAGGCGGCAACAAAGGCGUGUCCUACACCAAGUCCGUGUCCCUGACUGUCCUUGGCCACACGGUCAGCAUGAGUCGUGGCAGCCCGGGUAAAGUACUGCUGAACAGCCGAGUCAUCAAUUUGCCGUACAUCACCGACAACGGCGAGCUGUCCUUGUUUCGUAGAGGCUACUUCGCCAUGGCAACCACUUCUUUUGGUUUGACUCUCAAGUUCAACUGGAACAGCCAUGUUGCUCUGACGCUUCCCAGCUCCUACGCCUCAGCCACGUCUGGUCUGUGUGGGAACUACAACGCAGAUCCAGCGGACGACAUGCGGCAAGCCGACGGCGGUCAGGCCGAGCACGCCACCGCGCUGGGACACAGCUGGAAGGCGGGAGGAGACCCGGGCUGCACCAGCGACUGUCCUGCGGGCACGUGUCCCCACUGCCAACCUGCACUGGUACUGCACUACCAGCAGGGGCGCUACUGUGGCAUCAUGGCCGACACCUCCGGUCCCUUCAGCCAAUGUCACGACAAACUGGAUCACGCCCACUUCCUGGCAGACUGCGUCUACGAUAUGUGCGCCUUCAAAGGCCACGCCUCCGCCCUAUGCAACAGCCUAUCAGCUUUCAGCGCUACGUGUCAGGAGGCCGGCGCCAUCUUGGAGACAUGGAGGACGCCAGAGUUUUGUCCGCCCUCGUGUGGCGCCAACAGUCACUACCAGGUGUGUGCGCCGCCCUGCCAGCUCACCUGCAGCGGCCCGGCUCCCCCUGAGGGUUGUGACGACAACUCCCCCUGCCUGGAGGGCUGCGUGUGCGACCAGGGCUUCCUGCUGAGUCACGACCGCUGUCUUCCUCUGGCCGAGUGCGGCUGUCGCCACCUGGGACGCUACUACACACGUGCACAGGUGUUCCACCCCGACAUGUCAUGUGACACUCGCUGCGUGUGCGGAGACAGCGGGCAGGUGAUGUGUGACUCGGACUUCCGCUGCCCGCAUGGCGAGGAAUGUGUGGUGGCGGACGGCGAGGCCUCGUGUGCGCCCACCAGCGUCACUUCCUGUUUUGUCUACGGGCUGACAUCAGUCCAAUCCUUUGAUGGACAGACUUAUCCUGUCUCGGGAGACUGCGUGUUGACGAUGUCCGAGGUGGAGGAGGGAAAAGGUGUGCCGGCGUAUUCCGUCCUGGUCCAGCAGCACAGCACCAAAGGUGCCGGAGUCUCUCGAACUGUGGAGCUCCAAGUCUACGACAUGCAGCUCACCAUGGAGGCUGGCGUCGUGUGGGCCAUCAAGGUGGACGACGUCAGAGUCCCACUUCCCGCCUGGCUAGCGGACGGACAAGUGCUAGCUUAUCAGAGCGGCAUCAACGUGGUGGUGCAGACGGACUUCCACCUCAAGCUGGUCUUCAACUGCGCGGCAGGCGUCAUCCUCCAGAUCCCGUCCACCUACGGGGGUCUACCAGCCGGUCUCUGCGGGAACUUCGACGGUCUCGCGUCGGACGAGCCGCCGUCAAACAUCUCAGCGUUGGUGGCGGAGAAGGAAGGCGUGGCCUGCGGGACCGGCUGCGGAGACACGCCCUGUCCCGACACGGCUGGACCCAAGACCCCGGAGGCUGAAGACGCCUGUGGCGUCAUCAAGGACCGGCUGGGACCUUUGGCAGGAUGUCACGCCUCCAUAGCGCCGACAGCCCACUUUGAUACCUGCGUCAGGGAGGUGUCGGCUGCGGGACGCCACCCAGACGCGGCGUGUGCUCACGUACAGAACUAUGUCAGCGCUUGUCAACUCGCUGCUGCCGACGUCAGCAAAUGGAGGAGCGACACUUUCUGUCCGCUCACCUGUCCGGCAGGAAGUCACUAUGAGCUGUGCUCAUCCUCCUGCUCGUCCACCUGCGUCUCUCUGGAGAGGUCCGAUCCCUGCCCCGUGUGCCAGGAGGGUUGCCAGUGCGACGCCGGCCUCCUGUCCGACGGCGAGCGCUGCGUGCCGGUGGACAAGUGCGGCUGCUGGGCAGACGGACAUUAUUACAUGUCGGAGACCUCGGUCCUCACGGAGGACUGUUCCGAGCGAUGCGUGUGCCAGUCUGGACAGCUGACCUGCAGGCCAGCAGGGUGCCGGGAGGAGGAGGAGUGCGCCAUCAAGGACGGAACCCUGGGCUGCUUCCCCACAGAUCCGUGUGCGGAGGUUUCUUGCCGGACCAAGGAGGUCUGUGAAGUAUCAGAAGGCCAAGGGGUUUGUGUUCCUGAAAGCAGCGUUUUGUGCUGGGCCUUUGGAGAUCCGCACUACACCACCUUUGACGGCUGGAGCUACUCCUUCCAGGGAACAUGUACCUACGUCCUUGUCAACACCACAGGUUCUGACAUUCCAGCAGAGCUUCACCGAGGAAACGGUUCUGCUCGUUGA